CAUUUUUUUAUCUUCUUGUUUCCACUCUACGGUACCAAAACAAUUUGCAAAUAUACAAAGCUCUCCGCCUAAAACAUGCACAAACCAUUUGCAAUCUAGCUAGCUAGCUCUAUAUAUACAGACGCAAAGGAGAACAACCAAAUGAAAAGCUACGUGCAAGCUUAAUUUCAGCAGCCUCGAGCCAAAACAUGGCAAAGAAACUUGCAAAAAUACUCCUACUCCUAGCCAUCUUGUUACUUGAACAAGCCGGCCCCGGCCAAAGUCGAUCGAUUACCAAUGAUGACGUCCCUUUGAGUAUGGUCACUGAUGGAGGAAACCAAUUACUUCUCCAAAACCAAAAUGUUUGGAAACCGUUUUUCUCUGGGCUGAUGGACUCUUUGUUCUCAUCAGAUAGCAGCUGUGAACAGACAUAUGGGUUCUUGCCAUGCACGUCAACAGUUCUGGGAAAUAUCUUCCUCGUUCUUGUGUAUGGAUAUAUGAUGUUCCUUUCAGCCAAGCUCUUAUCUAAUGGAAGUGAGAUUCUGCUGCAGAUCUUAGGGCCUGGCAUCGUCGGCGGUCUAUUUCUUCCUCUUUUAGGCUCUCUACCUGAUGCCACCAUUAUUCUAGCAUCUGGACUUUCUGGAGACACAGAAACGGCUCAAAGUCAGGUCUCAGUUGGAAUGGGGUUGAUGGCUGGAUCAAAUGUCAUGCUUCUGACAAUUCUAUGGGGCACCUGUCUCAUCGUUGGCAAAUGUGACAUUGAAAAUUCAAUUGCAGUUGAUCAAAAAGAUGAAAAACGAUUUAGCUUAACUGGAUCUGGAGUGAGCACAGAUAUUUGGACAAGCUAUUCUGCACGGAUCAUGAUUAUCUCUUUGAUCCCGUUUGUGAUUGUCCAGUUACCCCAAGUUUUCCACGCAACUUCAGAUAGUCGCGUAGCAAUUCUGAUUUCACUCGCUGUCUCCAUCUCUUUCGUGAUCGCAUAUAGCUUUUAUCAGGUAUUUCAACCAUGGAUUCAGAAGAGAAAACUUGCAUAUUCAAAGCAUAAGCAUGUGAUGUCAGAAAUUCUAAAACAAUUGAAGACAAAUGCUCUCGGAAGACUUCUUACAAAUGAUGGUGACCCUAACAAAGUUAUUAUACAAAAGUUAUUCAAGACACUUGAUCAGGAUUCGGAUGGUUACCUAAAUACCUCAGACUUAAGAUCUCUGAUAAUUGGAAUCCAGUUUGACGAUAUAGACAUAAAUAUAGAUGAAGCCAUUAUACAAGUGAUGAGAGAUUUUGAUACAUCUCAUGACUCAAAGAUUGACGAGGACGAAUUUUUCAGAGGAAUCUCAAGAUGGCUUAACAAGGCUAAGCGUGAGGCAAUAAAGGACCGUGGAAAGAUUCCACGGUCGAUGAAACUUUUAGAGGAAUAUGAUCAGAAAACAAAGAAGGAAUAUGAUCAGUUUGGGGAUCAAAUUGAUGAGGUUGUUGAGGAUGUAAAAAAUGCUAAGUGGCAUGCCUCCAAAGCAGUAGUGUUGUUGUUUCUGGGAACUAUAGUCGCUGCUGCAGUUGCUGAUCCCCUUGUUGAUGCUGUUGACAGCUUCUCAACAGCUACGAGUAUCCCUUCGUUCUUCAUCUCAUUUGUUGUUCUACCUUUUGCUAGCUCCAGUGAGAUAGUAACCACUCUAAUUUUUAUCAGCCGGAAAAAGCAAAGAACUGCAUCUUUGGCAUACUCUGAGAUAUACGGGUCAGUGACAAUGAGUAACAUACUUUCUCUAGCAGUAUUCUUGGGUCUGGUUUACGUUCGAAACUUGACAUGGAGCUUCUCAGCUGAAGUUCUCGUCAUUUUAAUUGUUUGCAUUCUGAUGGGAGCGAUUGCCAGUUUCCGCACCACCUUCCCUCUUUGGAUGAGUUCUGUGGCUAUACUGCUUUAUCCACUUUCUCUGUUGUUGGUUUAUAUUCUUGAUUACAUAUGUGGGUGGUCUUAGGUUCAUUCUACAUCAGUUUCAAUCUGAUUGCGAACAUAAUUUGAAGUUGGAGUUAUUUACUUCUUAAUUUGUAUCAUAUAUAUAUAUAUAUAAAUAUUGUGCACACUUUGUAUCUUCCAAGAAAUCCUCUUUCUAUCAGUACUUGAGAAACUAUCUUUGUCUCAUUGUUCUUUCA